GCGGUUGUCAUUUGCUGUGUUUUGUUAACGGCGCAAUUAAAGAGCAUCAACAAACGCAAAACCGAAGCAUAAAUUUCUUGAUUAUUUCGUGGCAUUGGGGGAAAUAUAUACCUAUAUGAUUCAAUAUCAUGUGUGGCCGCACGUGUCUGACACUGGAACCCAAAGAUCUGGAAAGCUGUUGCAAGUACACCAAAAAAGGGCAGAGUAAACCAAAACAGCCGCGGUUUCGAAAUGAGUUCAAUUGUGGGAAAAAGUACGUGCCUUCGUUUAAUGUGGCACCCACAGACGUAACUCCAGUGCUCGUUGCCGCACUUCAUUUCGAUGAUUCGGCGGAUCCGGGCGAUCGGCUGCUUGUACCAAUGAUGUGGGGCAUGGUACCACGCUGGCACAAGGGUGACUUUCGGAAGCACGGUCUUACCACAAACAACUGUCGCUUGGAAGGGUUAGCAUUCUCUAAACUGUACGGGCCACCUCUUGCUGCUGGCCAGCGGUGCGUUAUCCUUUGCGAAGGGUUUUACGAGUGGCAAACGGUGAAACCGAUGAAGCCAUCCGAACGGCCUGCAUUCUUCGUGCACAUGCCGCAGGAGGAAAAGAUAAAGAUGGAAGAUAAAUCUACCUGGCAGUUGGAUAAUGGUGGCCAACUACAACUGCUUCGCAUUGCUGGACUGUUCGAUGUGUGGAACGAUGAUAAUGGAGACAAAUUGUACAGCUACACGGUGAUCACAUUUGAAACCGAAGGUCAAUUUGCGAGCAUACAUCACCGAUCACCGGCCAUUCUCGAGACGGACGAGCAGGUGGCGGACUGGUUGGAUUUCAAGCGUGUACCGGCAAACCGGGCACUCAAUCUAUUGCAACCCAGCAAAUCGAUGAAAUGGUAUCGCGUGUCGAACAUGGUAAAUAACUCGCGCAACAAAUCCGACCAGUGUAACAAGCCGCUGACGGAAGGAAAAUCGUUGGAUGGAAGCGGAAAAUCACCCGUAGUUCCGAAAAGCAAAAUGAUGCAAUCCUGGUUAAUAGUUAAAAAGAGAAAAAAUGAUGAAACCGAUCAAAAUCAUUCCGUAGAAGAUACAGUGAAGAAGGAGCUGGAAACGGAACCAUUGCAUAAGAAACCGAAGCCAGACCCGGAUACUUCUUGAGCUAAGUGUUAAGGGAUAAGAUUUCUUUUCCAUUUUUGUGUAACAAAUAAAACUUUUAAGCA